AUGGCAGAUCCACUGAGCGUUACUGCUAGCCUUUUGGCGCUAGUAACCUUUGCAGCUAAAUCAACACAGUCGUUGCAUCAGUUAAUCUCAAGCUUUCAAAGCAGUCAAAGAACUAUACGAGGCUUGAAAGAAGAACUCGAAGCCUUAAAUGCGGUUCUGCAGUCUCUCCAUGCUACUAUCAGCAAUGGAAAGGCUUGUCAAGAAUUCGAAGCGAUAGUGCUAAAAUGCACGAACCAUUCCAAUGGAACGAGGAGGAGCCUUCGCGACUGGACUACUCUAACUUAUAUGGCUGGUGAUAUUAACGCAUUUAAGAAUAUGCUAGGAGGCUAUAAAUCCACAAUCGCUAUUGCCCUUGGUGAUGCCAACAUAAGAACGACUAAUGUCACGAUUUCUCUCCUAAAUGAAUAUAAUACGAUGAUCGCAAAAACCACCUCUGAUCUCAAAGAGCACUUGCGAGAGUUGGAUGAGAAGCUACAGGCCAGUUCACAAGGCGCUCAGGCGAUCAAUGUGGAUAACUUGGAGCAACAACGAAUCAAAGAAGAGCGAGACAGUGCACAGAGCUGUUUAGAUAUCUGCAUUUAAGUUUCUGCACACAUCGAUGAUGUGCAACAGAAUGCUUUUGUGAACAUUGCUGGGACAUCAGCAUACAAUGAGGACUCUGCGGCCGAGUCUAAGAAAUUUACACAAGCAGAAGCAGCCACGAACAAUACUCUUAACCACUGCAAGUUGGGCCUAGCUCAAACCACGUGUCAGCUCAGAGAACAGCUCCACAGGAUUAAUGAGCAGCUCUUCGCAACGUCAUACUCUCUCCGGCGAACAGGCAAUAGAGCAAGAAACAAUAAGAGAAGAAUUAAGGUUGAGUUGAACAAAGCUUGAAAAUCUGCUCAGAAGCAGCUGAGAAAGCACUUCCAGAUCGAAUACAUGUUUUCGAAGAUGUCUUGAUGGGUGACGAUGGUGAUCAGAUCAUUGUUGCAACUUUUGGGGAUCUGAUCUCCGCGAAGCGCGUGACGAUUGGUCUAGAUCGAGACAAUUGCUUGGACAGAUGUCAGAUACUUCUCUUCAGCUGCUUUCACAGAAGAUUGGUUGCAGCCCAUCAGAGGUGGAUGUUGAUCAGUCUACAGAAAGUAACUCCCCAUUUGAAGGACGUUAUGGAACUGGACGUCCCCUUGAUCCAGGAAGAUUGGCUACAGAAAAGCCAGGUUCGUACGAGUGAAAACAUUCACAGCUUUUUGGAGAACAACGAAAGAAGGGUGACCGCUAAGAAUAUUGGCAGCCUUCUGUGCUUUUUGCCAGUUACUAGAUCACAGUUCCUACUGUAUAUCUCCCAAUAUGCAAGUAAUUAUCACAUACGACCA